AUGACUGCAGGCGACGGCGUGGCCGAUGCCUGUGCUGCGAUGCCAUGCGUACUUGCACCUCCGCCUAAACCAGCACUCGAUAACCUUCCCAUGGAGCUCAUCACAAACAUCAUUACACCUGUACGGCAGUUGUUCUGGGCUAACUACGCCCCGGUUCUUCUCGAGAAGAUCUUCUCCUCAUUCAAAGUUAUGGAAGGACUUGAGGAGAUACAUUUUGGGUCGAGAAGUAGCGCUCAUAAGCCGUUACCGCGUUCAGAACCUUUCAUCAUGAGUAUAGGGUUCGACUACGCCCAUACUAAUCUUGCUCGUUGGCUGUUCCAACGUAUCUACAACCGCGAGAUUGGCACCUACAUUUCCGCUGGACACAUGCGAUUGCUGCAUCGGAUAUUGUCGGACACUGGUUUCAACAAGGAAAUCAUUCACCUGAAUAUGCGCAACCUCACCGGGACUGAACGAUUGUCUCUACCUGGACUAUGGCCAUACCUGGAUCACCCAAGCUUUCAGAAACUCAACUUUGUAGAUGUGGACCAUGCGCAUCCAAUGGACAACAUCAGGGCACCGUCGACGAUGAGACUUGAUCCGAAGUAUGAGCGUUUUAACUCACGCCCAAUAUGUUGGAACCUCACCGAACUUCGGCUCAUCGGCUGCAAGACAGAUUCCAGCUGCGCAGUUGAUUACCAGACAUUCUCUCUCCUCGCCAAGUCUCGUUUUCCUCACCUGAUCCGGCUCGAACUCCACGGAUACGCGGUCACCAGCGAACAGCUCAUACCAUUCCUCCGCAGAGUUAAUUCUACAACGCGGGAAGUAUUCUUGACGAGCAUCCAUCUCACGUCUGGUAGUUGGAAAACGGUUCUUCGAGAAAUUCACGCUUUCAAGCGACUGCGUGAGACUAGAUUCAAGACUCUGAACAACGCAACCUCCCUCUUGACGCCUAUGGCGCAGGACACCUACUGGGGCUCCUUUGAGGAGAUCUCCAAGUACAAUGUGCAGCUCAACUACCUCGAGAAGAUGUGGAUGGCUUGGUACCAAUGGAUGGGCAACGAUGUCCUAGCGACAGGAAUCAUGUCCUUUGUCUUCCACGAGCUCUUCUAUUUUGGACGCGCGCUUCCCUGGAUCAUCAUCGACUGCAUACCCUUCUUCAACCGAUACAAGCUCCAACACCAAAAAAUUCCCACUACCUGGGAACAAACACAAUGCGCCGCCCUCGUCCUCCUGUCCCACUUCACCGUCGAGCUUCCCCAGAUCUGGAUGUUCCACCCCAUGUGCCAAUACUUCGGUCUCCAGACCUCCGUCCCCUUCCCCAGCAUCUACAAGAUGGCGUACCAGAUUGCCAUCUUCUUCGUCUUCGAGGACGCAUGGCACUACUGGAUGCACCGCGCCAUGCACGCCAGCUCCUUCCUUUACAAGAACAUCCACAAGAUCCACCACCAAUACUCUGCUCCCUUCGGUCUGGCCGCCGAGUACGCCUCGCCCAUUGAAGUCAUGAUCCUCGGCUUCGGUACUGUCGGAGUCCCAAUCGUCUUCUGCGCCAUCACCAAGGACCUCCACAUCCUGACCAUGUACGCGUGGAUCUGCCUACGUGUGUUCCAGGCCAUCGACGCGCACAGCGGCUACGAGUUCCCAUGGAGUCUGCACCACUUCCUGCCUUUCUGGGCCGGCGCUGAGCACCACGAUGUUCACCACGAGAAGUUCAUUGGCAACUACGCCAGCAGCUUCAGGUGGUGGGACUUGCUCUUCGACACCGAGGCCGGUGCUGAGGCUUCCAAGAAGCGCCGCGAGCGCAAGAUGGCCGCUGCCAAGCUCAAGAAGGCCAACUGA